GUGGGAGCACUGGCGGGCACUCAGCUUGCUAUCCUUGCAUCAGCAGCUGAGAAGGCGGAGGCUAGCAAGCAGAUCAAGGACGACAUCCGAAAGGCCGGUGCAAUACCUCCCUUGGUUGACUUCCUGAAGUCCGAUCAGAAUGAUCGCGUCCAAACUGCCGUGGUCGCAUUGAGCUUUCUGACUGCAGAUUGCAAGGAAAACGUAGUCGCGGCCUACGAAGCUGGAGCCCUAGAGUUGAUGCUGAAGCUCGUGGAUUCCAAGAUAGCCGGGGAGAGAGCAGCUGCAGCCACUACUUUGCGCAACAUCUGCAUGGAAGACGACGUGUACCGGAAGAAGUUUGUCGAGCUUGGCGGCAUCCAGGCGUUGGUGAACCAGCUGGACACCCCUCCGGACCCAGCUCUGAACCAUGCUGACGUCCAGCUAGAGGCCGUGCUCAACCUGCAGGACAUGGUCGAAACGGAGGAUGGCGAAACCAUCACAGAGUAUGCGAAACUGGCGAUAAAAGCCGGCGCCAUCGACAAGCUCCAGGCCCUCACGAAAGCUGACGAUGAAGAGGUGCGGACUUCUGCGCUGGAGGUGUACGAAGCACUGCAAGCUCAUCAGUGA